CAAGUGAAUUUUGUAACGAUGCCAACGUGAAUAGAAUUGCAUGCGAUAAGGCUAUUGAAUCAAAUAUAAGAGAGGAUAUCCGAAAAAUAUUUGAGGGAACAUGACAUUUUAUUUGAGAGCUGUAAAGUCCAGUUGCUUUUAAAGUUAACAUUUAACUUUACAUAUAGCGUUUACAUAGAAGCCACAUGUUCAACUCCCGGGUUCAGCUCAUGUCAUGAAAUAUACAACAAACAACAUUAUCUAUAACAACUUACAAACCGAGUCGAAGGACAAACUUAUAUACACUUUCGCAAAACACAACGCAAUGCCUCCGUUAGUGAGCCAAGAACAAAGGGAACAUUUUGAUAAGGAUGGAGUCGUAUUUCUUAAAGGUGUUUUUGAUAUUAAAUGGAUGGAUAUUAUUGCACGUGGGAUUGACAAGAACAAGGCUGAUAUGAGUCAGUAUGGGGAGAGUAUACAAGCGCACCCUGGUGACCCAGGUAGAUACUUCAACGAUUAUUUAAAUUGGAAAAGAAUCCCGGAGUAUAAUGAUUAUGUCCUUAACUCUGUCGCAAAGGAUAUCGCGGGCGAACUACUUAACUCGAAUUAUGUAUCCUACUACUAUGAACAUGUACUAACGAAAGAUGCUGGCGCCCAAAAAGUAACACCAUGGCACAUGGAUCAAUCAUAUUUUCCUAUAGAUGGCGAUAAAUGUUGUUCGAUUUGGAUGCCGAUUGAUCCCGUUCCUGAGGCGACAACGCUUCGGUUUGUUAAGGGUUCACACAAGUUCGGAAAAUGGUUCAAUCCGAGGAAAUUCGAAACUGCUGAAAACUAUGUACGCGUGAAAGAUGACGAAAAGGAAUGGGAAGAUUUACCAGAUAUUGAUGCCAAUCUGGAUGGAUAUGAGGUCCUAAAAUGGGCGUGUGAACCGGGCGAUUGUAUCGUGUUCCAUUUUAAGGCGCUCCAUGGUGCCCCUGGCAACACAUUAGCAACGCCCAGACGUGUCAUUAGCACAAGAUGGUGCGGAGACGAUUGUUAUAUAGCAGACCGGCCCUGGGUGCCAUCCCCGCCUGAAACUUUUGGAUUAAAAAAUGGAGAUCCUCUAACCAAAAAUGAAGAGUGGUUUCCCACUCUCUGGAGAAAAUAGUUAGUAACAUGUACCGCACAAUGUGGUGUCCAUGGAUUAUAUCAUUGCCAUGGAGACACAAUUAGACAACACUUAACUAAUUGUCUAAAGCAUAUGCCUAGUAUUAUUAUAAAUGUACACUCCCCUAAUAAGUUUGGCAACCAAAAUAUUUAAGUGGAUGGUAUAACAAAACCUAUCAAUGUUUGAAUCUUUAUUUUUCCUUAAUUACAAUAUUUCGUGAAUUGACAAAAUUGACGAUUUUUUAAAUCGUCAAACUCAUAUAGCGGUCAAGACAAGUAACUUAGUCAACAUUCGAUAUUCGUAUGUUCAUCAAUAUUUACUAAGAAUGGUGCCACAAUUGAAGUAAACCUCUGGUUAAUUAUUUUCAAUAAACCUAUCAG